ACCCCCCCAACAAAAAAAAAAAAACGUAACCUUUUAUUUUUGGGUCGUUAAGAGAGGAACACUCAUAAAAGCAUAUUCCCAAAUAUAUACGGCGACGAUCUAAACAGAAGCCAAAAUGCUAUUUUUAGUGAAUCCCUAAAAUACACAAUAGAGAGAGAGAGAGAGAGAGAGAGAAAGAAGAGAGAGAAACUUCGUCUUCUUCAUCUUCUUCUUCUUCUUCUUCUUUUACAACAAUCUCCAAAUUUUUCAAACAAACGAAAGAGAGAAGAAUCAACACAGGUGAGAAAUUCGAAAUCUUUGCGAGCAACAAACUCGCCCAGAUUCUCGAUUUCUCCCCACAUCCCUUUCUCUCGAUUCCUUCAAAAACAGAACACAAUAAAAACCCCAAAAAGACUCAAACUUUAAUCAAUCAAUGGCGAGUAAAAUAGUGAGAGAGACGUCUUUACCAAAAGAGAGAAGCAGCCCACAAGCUCUAAUCCUCGGGAGAUACGAAAUGGGUAAGCUUCUCGGCCAUGGAACCUUCGCUAAAGUUUACCUCGCUCGUAACGUCAAAACAAACGAAAGCGUAGCAAUCAAAGUCAUCGACAAGGAGAAAGUUCUCAAAGGCGGUUUAAUCGCACACAUCAAACGCGAGAUCUCGAUCUUACGACGUGUUCGUCACCCAAACAUCGUUCAGCUUUUCGAAGUCAUGGCUACGAAAGCUAAGAUCUAUUUCGUCAUGGAGUACGUUCGCGGAGGUGAGCUUUUCAACAAAGUAGCUAAAGGUCGUCUUAAAGAAGAAGUAGCUCGCAAAUAUUUCCAGCAAUUGAUCUCAGCUGUUACCUUCUGUCACGCGAGAGGUGUUUACCAUAGAGAUCUGAAACCUGAGAAUCUCUUGUUGGAUGAGAAUGGUAAUCUUAAAGUCUCUGACUUUGGGCUUAGCGCUGUCUCUGAUCAGAUGCGUCAAGAUGGGCUUUUUCAUACGUUUUGUGGUACCCCUGCUUAUGUUGCUCCUGAGGUUUUGGCUAGGAAAGGUUAUGAUGCUGCUAAAGUUGAUAUUUGGUCUUGUGGUGUUAUCUUGUUUGUGUUGAUGGCUGGUUACUUGCCUUUUCAUGAUCGGAAUGUUAUGGCUAUGUAUAAGAAGAUUUACAGAGGGGAGUUUAGGUGUCCUCGGUGGUUUUCUCCUGAGCUUACGAGGUUGUUGUCUCGGCUCUUGGAGACUAAUCCGGAGAAGAGGUUUACGUUCCCUGAGAUUAUGGAGAAUUCUUGGUUUAAGAAAGGGUUUAAGCAUAUUAAGUUUUAUGUGGAAGAUGAUAAGCUUUGUAAUGUUGUUGAUGAUGAUGAGUUGGAGUCUGAGUCCGUUGAAUCGGAUAGAGACUCUGCGGUUUCUGAGUCAGAGAUUGAGUAUUUGGAGCCUAGAAGGAGAGUUGGAGGGUUGCCUAGACCAGCGAGUUUGAAUGCUUUCGAUAUUAUAUCGUUUUCUCAAGGGUUUGAUUUAUCAGGUUUGUUCGAUGAUGAUGGUGAGGGUUCUAGGUUUGUUUCUGGAGCUCCGGUUACGAAGAUUAUAUCGAAGCUGGAAGAGAUUGCUAAAGUUGUGAGCUUUACAGUGAGGAAGAAGGAUUGUAGAGUGAGUCUCGAAGGUUCAAGACAAGGAGUGAAAGGUCCAUUGACGAUUGCUGCUGAGAUAUUCGAGUUGACACCUUCGUUGGUUGUUGUGGAAGUUAAGAAGAAGGGAGGUGAUAAAACCGAGUAUGAAGACUUUUGUAACAACGAGUUGAAACCUCAGUUGCAGAAUUUGACAGCAGAUGAAGUAUCAGAGCCUGCGGCUGUUUCAGCGGUUGAUGAAACCGAAACCGCAAUCGCAGCAAUCACGAAUUCGCCGCCUAUUUGUUACUUGCCUUCUGACACUGAUGAAUAGAAGAUGAAAAAGGCCACAGAACCAGAGAUCAUGAGGGGGUAUGUAUACGUACUGAUUCUCCUUUCCUGUUGUCUAAUGGGAGUUUUGGGGUUUUGUUAUCUGAAUGGAAAAGAAGAAAAAAGCUGCUUAGGGUUGGUGAAAGUUAGAAUCAUGUUAUGUAACAAAUGUUAUUAUGUUUUAUGUUGGAGAGAAUCGUUAGAGAAAUUGAGUUGUGUCUUUUUACUAACCUUUUAGCAGUUUUUUUUUUUUUUUUGGUAAGGGAGAAUUGUAAACAGUUUCGCAUAAUCAUAUCUUUGAUAUAAUGAUAUGUAUAAAGACAACGAUAUGAAUAAGAAAAGUUGCUUUUUCAUC